AACCCCUUUAGUCGCUUCUCUACGCUUCUCUCCGCCUUGUCUCGCCUUCGUCGCCUCGCCCGGUCUCGCCUUCGUCGCCACGGGUUUCUCUCCUCAAGUCCUCCUCACCUCGCACCGCGCACCGCCAUUGGCCAUCGGCCAUCGGAUCAACGAGAGGAUCGACGAGAGGAUCGACGAGAGGACCAUAGACGCGAGUCAGCCUAAGCGUGAUAAUAGGAGCCGGCGCGUGAGGACAGUGCGACGGGAUUCGCGAAAGAGAAGAAGGAGCCGAAGGCGCGCGAGAAGGAAGAGAAUCGAAGGUGGGGCCAACGUGUCAAAGAGAGCGGAAGGUCGAUGCGCUGGAGGAACACGAAGGAAGAGCAAGAGAGCGGUAUCCUCCGGUGAUACAGUGCGACCAGCACUCGUACCGGUACGUCGCGUUCGUUUAUCGGCCACGCUCCGAGAACAUCCUUUUCCGGCACGCUUCAAGCGAUUCUAGUUCAACGCGAUACCAUUCGAGGGAGAGCGAGACCAAGUACCAAUUUAUUGGAUAAUUGCUCCAGAACAAUUUAAUGUCCAGCAAAGUUUCGCUCGCGUGACCAUAUACGGGUUCCACGUGCUCGAAAACAUAAUCAGGAACAGUUAGAUGCAUUGAGGAAGCGCACGCAAUCGAUUCGCAAACUCUCAUACGGAUACGGAAUAUAUAACAGCAGAUAAGAGUCCUUUGGCGUCUUAUCCUCCCCGAGGACGUUAGCAAUUGUUCGUGCUGAAGGAUAGCGUGGAUCACAUGCUACAAAUCCGCGUGUUCCACGUCCAAUUUGCCUUACGAUCGAGGAAAUCACCGAAUGUCUCUCAGCUCAAGUGUAUUAUCCGUUCGUUCUCGUGAAAUUCUUACUGUGGCGCGAACUGAACUCCGUGCGGGAACGGGCGAAUGACUGGAGUAAUCCCGGGUAGCGAGGGUGUCUUAGCGGCGCCGUGACAUGUACGUGCGUUCACCCACGUUCUCCACGGCAUCGUCGUCGACGAAGGCACGCGAGUCGGCGGUGCGCGCGAGAUUGGGCGCGAGGAUCACGUGGAUCGGCACCGCGACGACGACCGGCGACGGGACAGGUUGAAAAGAUGCUGGCGCUCGCGAUGCGCCGCGAACACACGACCGGGCGCAGCAAUUACGAGCCCGCGAAUCCGCUCGCGGGGUUCGAGCACCUCCAGCACAACAAUGGCAAUCCGUUCGCGGUGGUGCCCGCCGCCGCUGCCGCCGCCGUCGAGGGCCGGGCGCGCGAUGCCAGGCCGGAGGCCGCCGAGGGCGAGCUGCAGGAGUUCGUGGACAUUGCGCAAGUGCAACAGCUACUACAGCAGCAGCAGCAGCAUCAACAGCAGCAGCAGCAGCAGCAGCAGCAACAGCAGCAGCAGCAGCAUCACCAUCAUCAUCAUCACCAGCAACAGCAGCAGGCGACCGCGGCGGCUGCGUCCUGCAUCUGGGGAGCGGUCUACCCACCGCCACCGCCCGCCCUGGGAUAUCAUCAUCUUCACCAUCAUCAUCAUCACGUGCCGCCGCCGUCAGGCGAGGACACGCAGUGCGGCACCGAGGAUUCUGCCAUCGCCCAGGGAGGCGACCAGCUCCAGAGGAUGACUAUGGACGGCGUAGAGGUGGUGGGCUCGCAGCCGCACGCGGCCACCAGCCCGUUUCUGCUCUCCUCACCACCACUGGGUCAUCAUCAUCAUCAUCAUCACGCGACGUUCAAUCUGCCGGUGCAGCUUAGCUUCGACGCGUGUUUACCGUACAACGCGGCCUCCUCGUCCAGCUCGGUCACUUGCGGCGUCAGCGGGACAUCUGUGAACGCGACCUGCACGAAUUCGUCCUCUACCAGCUGCGGCAAAACAAACACGCCGCAGCUCUCCCUGUCCACAAACGUGCCGUUACAUAUGCAACUUCAAAUCAGCUCAACAACCCCCACGGAACACAAUCAUGAACGGCAUCAUCAGCAUCAUCAUCGAUUGGACGAUCAUCAUCAGCAUCAGCUGCACCCCAAUGCCUCGUCACCGUCCACCGAUAUCGCGGACGGCAAGCGGCACCGGCAACCUGACGACGAUGACAAGAGUUGCAUCAGGAAUUGCAGGAGCGAUAUACAUGAUACGAACGAUAAGGAUAAGCCCGGCGACUUGAACACGCCGGUUACCACCAGCAGCGACCUACCGUCUUUCUUCGGGCCCUCCGCGCUUGUCGAACCGCCACCAAUCUCAGGCAGCCUGGCGAGCGAGGAUCUCUCUCUAGAAGAGGCGACCGCGGAGGAAGACGAGAACGGCCCGUCCGCCGGUAGGGAUCAUCGGCAUCAUCACCAUCAGGACGCGCGAAAUGCCGUCACGUCGAACGCGCCUUCCUCGAGCAGUCCGCCGUCGCGCCACCACCAAACUCAGGACGAGGCGGAUCGCUGUAACGCGCUGCAGAGUGGUGUAAUUUUAUACUCACCGCAUUCCACGUCUACCGCGCCCGCGACGAGCGUGAAUAUCUGCAAUGUACCGACGUUGACCUAUCGCGGCGUCUUCACCACGACCUGUACGCAGUCCUCGCCUCUGAGCAAUCUCCAGGGCGACCAGCAGCAGCAGCAACCGCAACAGCCGACGGGUCAGGAGCUGUGGGCACCGUUACCGUCACCAACCUUAACCUUGGCGGGCCAGCCGUUCCUUCACCCCAACCUACACUCGACCGCGUACAGCGGCGAGACCGUCGAAUUGCUGCAGGUCGAUUCGAAGCCACCCCCACCGCCUGGUUAUCACGAUACGGCGACCACCACCUCCACGACCUGGCUGACGGGUCACGAGGAUGCUUACGAUCCCGGUCUUCUCUCCCACCAUCAUUCUCACACUCAUCACCAGGAGACAACGUUGAAGCAGGAGCCAACCGGCACCGGUUACACUCCAAAUGUACAACAGCCGCAACAAGCUCAAACGCAAGCUCAACAACAACAACAACAACAGCAACAAGCGCCACCAUCUGGCACCUGCGGUAACGCGGGAGUCCAGCUGGCCGAAUACAAUCCGAGCACAUCAAAGGGUCAUGAGAUCCUUUCUCAGGUCUAUCAGCAAAGCGCGAUACCGCUCCGGUUGGUUCCCGUGAAACCGCGGAAGUAUCCGAAUCGACCGAGCAAAACGCCGGUCCACGAGCGGCCCUACGCCUGUCCGGUGGAUGGUUGCGAUCGCAGGUUCUCCCGUAGUGACGAGCUCACUCGGCACAUACGUAUUCACACCGGGCAGAAGCCGUUUCAAUGUCGCAUCUGCAUGCGCUCGUUUUCGAGGAGUGAUCACCUAACCACCCACGUGCGCACGCACACGGGUGAAAAACCCUUUUGCUGUGAUCAGUGCGGCCGAAAGUUCGCCAGGAGCGACGAGAAGAAGCGUCACGCGAAGGUACAUCUGAAGCAGAGGCUGAAACGCGAGGCGUCUCACGCUAAUCCAAGAACCCAUCACCAGAGCCACGCGUCGUCACCCUGCAAUCAAUGAAUUCCAUGACAACGAUGUUGAAAAAAAUCCCCUUUAACGUCUGAGAUCUCAUUACGUUUGUCACGUUCUGACAAGUUGUGAUCUAUGUCUCCCCGAUUCUUAUUUUCCUCUUCUUUCUUUCUUUCUUUCUCUCUCUCUCUCUCUCUCUCUCUCUCUCUCUUCUCUUCUCUUCUCUUCUCUUUCUCGAUCAUCGAUCAUCUUUUCUUUUCUGCACCUCUCAUGAUGACCGAUGAAGAAAUUGCGGAAAUCUUUAGGCGGUCAAAACUGAUCCGUCGCCGACUGAUCCGUUAUUUAUCGUCGGUCUUCCAUUAUUUAUCGUCGAUCCUUUAUAAUUUAUCUUAAAACAUAGCUGGAUACAAAUUAAUUGAGUCUUACGAACACAAAAAUUCUUUGAAAUUUCCGCUAUCAUAUCUAUAAAUCAUAAGAAUAAUAAUAAACAAUUUGCUCAUUUCAAAAAUUAUCAUGUGAAUUAAAAAAGAAAGAAUUAGAUGUAUAUGCAAUUUUUAUCAUUCGUGAGAGAACGAUUAACUUCAAGUAUUUUAAGACUAAACUCAUAAGAAUACGGUUUUCUCAUUGUACAAAAAUAAUGUCUCUUGCGUCACAGCGAAAAAUCGAAGUACUUAAAAUAUACUACAAUCUGUGCGAUCAUUGAAAACGAACUCACAGUUGAAUGGAAGCUAUUACAAUGAAAUGGAAGUUAAUCGUCCGAUUAUAAAAAAAAAAUCCUGUUCUUAAAAUAGAAAAAUGACAGACAUUAUUAUUCUGCUUUACAUGUCUUCGUGUCUUAGCUUGUAUCCAGAUACGUACAAAAUGUGAACUUUCUCUCUCUCUCUCUCUCUCUCUCUCUCUCUCUCUCUCUCGUUCGCUCUCCCCCUCCCUCACUCCUCGCAAGAUAUUCGGUGGCAUCUAUCUAGAUGCCAUUGAGCGUGGCGAGAGCAUUUUCGUGCAAUUGUAUAACAUGAAAUCGAUACCAUCCGCAGCUUCCGGGAACUGUAGAGUGAAGCGGAAGAUAGAUAGAAAUAGAGAGAGAGACAGGGAGAGAGAUCGAAAAGGAGGGAGCGACGAGAGGAGGAAUAAGGGUGGGAUGAGGAGGAGCAAUGCGUCUCAUUGCAUGCAAACGACUGUGAGAGAAUGUAAUGCUACGUAAAACGAUGAAGUAUUAUAUAUCGACUCGUUCCAUGGUCAAUAUGAGAGAAGCGGGACUCAA